CCCUGCCUUCGCUUGUUGGAAUGUGUUCCACGGUUGUAUACAUGUGGUCCAAUCAUAGCCCGCCGUUCAGAUGACAUCAUCGUUUAGCGUAAGAUUGACAGUCGAUCCGUCCAAUCAAAUGCGCUUCAGUAUGUCUUGACGCGAACAGUUCACAGUUCAUAUUACACAGUUCCUCAAGCGUUUCGAGAACGGUGUAGUCGAAAAGCUUUCCUUUUUUUUUUUUUUUAUAAAUAAAAGCGACACAACUUCGUGGGAUGGGUGUGUGUCACUGUCCACGAAACAAAGUUUGACAGGGAGUAGCUCUGAAAAGGGACGGCUAAUUAUAAUACGGAACUGAACCGCCCCCAUACAUUUCGGCUUUUACUUGGUGAACAACAUUCAGUUAACAUAGGAAGAGAUAGGAAGCACGUUGCUAGUUAGCUUGAAGUAAAGCCUUAUUAUCCCCCAAAGCGAAUUUUGUAUAGGUCAGAAAAUAGCCAGGACAUGACUUUGAAGCCGAUGUAUCUGAUUAGGCUGUCAGAUUUCUUGGAUUUAAGUUGAAAACCACAGCUGUACUGUUAUGCUAGCUCUCUGAGAUGGACUGAAAUGGCCUCGGUGCCGAAUCCUGCAGUUUUUCUCACUUCUGUUAUGGAGGAAAUAAGCUGUCUGUCACUCUGAGGUGAGAGUCUCUACAUUCAGAGCUCGUGAUGAAAGCUCUCGGCGCGCGCUCCGCGUUCUACGUGGGCUUUGUGGUGGGCACUUGCACCCUGUACGUGCUCCUGCGUCAGGUUGGGUUCACGCGGAAUUUGGGGUCGGUUGAACCCGAGGCCCACGAGAAAAGCCUGCUGGAGAUGAUUGAAGAAGAAAACAAGAACUGGAAGAAGGAGCGGUCGGCUCUCUUCAACCUCAAUCAUCCUCACCAUACAGGUGAGGAUGGCACUCUUGCUGAUGCUCUCUAUAAGCAUGUCCGCAUUUUGUGUUGGGUCAUGACCGGUCCUAAUAACCUCGAGAAGAAAGCUCGGCACGUGAAAGCCACGUGGAGUCGCCACUGCAACAUUGUGGUCUUCGUGAGCUCUGUGGACGACCCUGAUUUUCCCACAGUUGGCCUAAACACCAAGGAAGGUCGGGAUCAGCUGUACUGGAAAACCAUUCGUGCUUUCCACUACGUCAUGGAAAAGCACGGGGAUGAGGCAGACUGGUUCCUCAAAGCGGAUGACGACACUUACGUGGUCGUCGACAACCUGCGCUGGAUUCUGGCCAGCCACUCUCCAGAGGACCCGUUGUAUUUUGGCCGGCGGUUUAAGCCAUACGUAAAACAGGGCUACAUGAGUGGCGGCGCUGGUUACGUGCUUAGCAAAGAGGCUCUGAGGCGGUUUGUGGAGGGCUUUCGCACCAAAGUGUGCACUCACACUAGCUCAAUAGAGGACCUAGCUCUGGGUCAGUGUAUGGAGAAGAUAGGCGUUGUGGCAGGAGACUCUAGAGACACCUUAGAAAGAGAGACAUUCCAUCCUUUCGUACCAGAGUCCCAUCUCACUGGCACAUUUCCUAAGACCUUCUGGUAUUGGAAAUACUGUUAUUACCCCAUUGUGCAGGGCCCACAGUGUUGCUCAGACCUGGCUGUUUCUUUCCACUAUAUGGAUGCAUCACAGAUGUACCUGCUGGAAUACUACACUUACCACUUGCGUGCCUUUGGCUACAAAUACCGCUAUCAGCCCCCUGAGCCCAGUGUCAUACAAGACUUCAAUGCCCCAGUCCCAGACAAAGUGGAAAUCGGAGACAUAGAGGAAAAGCUGGGGGCAGAAAAACAGGAAGGAGAAAAGAAAUCCCACGAACAUGAUGAAAAGUUAUAGCAGAUUUUUGCAUUGGAAUUUUUACAAGUAACAUUUAAAAUCUUCUUCCAAAAGAACUGUUUUUGGGAUGGCGUUGUUUUUUGGAUUGUGUCUUAAAAUAUAUUCAAUAUUGUGCCACAGAAAUGUGUGCAUGACAGGUUUGCGUGAUUUAAUCAAUUGGUACAGUUGGGACUGUGUUCCUCUUAAUAAUGCAAUUGUAUGUGAAUGUUUAAAUAUGACAGUGCGGAAUUGUAUGACAUGAAGGUUUAGACUUGUAGAGCGUGUAUGUGGUUUUUGGGUUAUGAGUGUUGGAGCCUGCCUUAAUAGUAUAAUAACAUUUGGUAAUGUUUUGGGGCCAGAAGCAAGGAUGCCUCUGCAUUCGUUAUACUUUGCAUUCAUUUCUAAUUUUUUUUUCUUAAUAUAAAAAUAUGAGUUUGCUAUGCAAUGUCAUCAUAAACACACCACCAUGUAUGAUUUAAUAGCAGUACCAUAAGAAAAAGGGGCCAUGGUUUUCCUUUCAUUUGCUCAUUCCCUUGAAUUGGUACCUCUGCUCUGGAAAAAUCAUGCAUUUCCAUAAGUCGUUUGUUGGCCACGUUUGUAUUGAGUUUAGGUAAUAUUUAAACAGUGCAGAUUAUAUCAUAGCUUGCAAACAAAUUCAGCAAACAUUCAAGCUCCAGUGGGGUUUUCUCUACACAAUCUACAAUACCUUUGCCAAAGCGGAACAUGCACAAUUUACUUUGACUAAGAUUACAUCGAAAUUAAAAUGAACUAGGAUGUAGUCCUUCAACUGACAUCAAAACAGGAUGUUACCCUUCUCUGAAAGGGGUUAGUUCACCCAAAAAUGAAAAUUGUCAUCAUUUACUCUUCCCAAAAAGUUUCUAUUAGAAGAUAUUGUGAAGAAUGUAGGUAACCAAACAGUUUCUGGUAGCUAUUUACAUAUAUAGUAUGUCAAAAAAAUACUAUUGGAAGUUAAUGACUACCAGCAAUUGUUUUGUUCUUCAAAAUCUCUUCCUUUGUGUUCAGCAGAAGAAACAACACGAGGAUGAAUAAAUGAUGACAAAGUUUUCAUUUUUGGUUGAACUACCCCAUUAAGAAUGUUGCAAGAAUUUGGAUUAGUAAGAUCCUGUUGGCUGGCCCAAUAGUUCACGAGUGCCUGGGAAAGAAGUAAGGUAGCAAGGUAGAUAAGACAGUUUAAGUAUACACAGUUUUUUCUCCAUGCUAAUGGGAAUUGCAGUCUUGUAGAUGAAUGGUGUAGUGUAACACGCUGUGAAGUAAUGCAGUUUUUGAGUUACUGGAACUGACCACAUAAUGAUUUAUUUAAUUGUUUGAAGUGUGACUAAAGGUUUUUGUUUAUCUGGGAUUAAAUGUCAGGUUUUGCUUCGGUUCCCGCUGCCAGUGUUGCGACUCCUACAGCAGUCUGUGUGUGAGAUUAGACGUGUUGAUUUUGAAGUUGAUGUAGCCGCUUGUCAAGGGUGGUGAAAUUGAUUCAGUUUCUUGUGGUGUGUGCUUUGUCUCAAUUACUCAAUAAGGUGUCUUUUUGAGAAACAAAGAUAUAUUUAUUCUUCUUUUUUUUCAUGAUUGGACCCUGUUAUAUAAACAAAACAUUCUUCAGCAUAUGUGUUGAAAAGCAUGAGUCUGAGUAAAUAACAGAAUUUUAAUUUUUGGUUGAACUGUCCCUCUAAAUGUGCUGGUGUUGGUAAGUUCUUUGAAAGGACCCUUUUAAAAUAAUGCACACUAAAUGUGUA